UUUCAUAUAAAAGGGUCUCUCCGAACCACGUGACUCCUCUCCGCCCGACCGCCGCCGCGCCGCCAUCAUGGACACGAGCCGUGUGCAGCCCAUCAAGCUGGCUAGGGUCACCAAGGUGCUGGGCCGGACCGGUUCGCAGGGACAGUGCACUCAGGUGCGCGUAGAAUUCAUGGAUGACACGAGCCGCUCCAUCAUCCGAAACGUGAAAGGCCCCGUACGCGAGGGAGACGUGCUGACCCUAUUGGAGUCAGAGCGAGAGGCUCGAAGGCUGCGCUGAAAUUGUGGCUAGGUCCUGGAUGUCUGGGUCUGGCCACUUGGCCCACAAGGAUGAUCUCCUGACUGUUAGUUAAUAAAGCAUUUAUAUUGUAUGUAAA